CGAGUGGCACCAGUAACUAGUGGAGCUUUAGGCGUUUGCUGAUAUGGAGUUGAAGCAAACUGGUCUUGGGGUUCUGCUGCUUGUGCUGCUUGGCAGUUGUAGUGCACAGUUACCAAAAUGGAAGAGACCAAGUCCUCACCAGGCUCAACAGACAACAGGCAGGGGACCUGUGCAGCAAGCAGGGGCACGGUUGCCUGUUCAGGAUCCUGUCUCAGGAGUGCUUGUGAAUCCUGCAGAUCCACUCAGUGUUCAGUUGAAACAGGUGGUGCAGGGUCCAGUGAAGAAAUUGACGUGGCAUUUCCCCCAAGCUCCAGAGAAGCCUAAGCAGCCAGUAGUGAAUUUUGAGCCACGUCAGCCUGUUUCUACUGUGAGUGUUGCAGCCGAUUGUGGACAGAACUCUGUGUAUGUGGAGGUUAAGAAGGAUUUGUUUGGAACUGGAGAGCUAAUAAAUCCCUCGGCCCUCAGCCUUGGAGGCUGUGCGGUAACGGGAGAAGAUUCUGCUGCUCAGGUUCUCAUCUUUGAAGCAGAGCUGCAGCUGUGCAAUAGUGUGCUAACGACAACUGCAGAUGAGCUGGUCUACAGCUUCAUCCUUCAGUAUGCCCCUGAACCAUUGGGUGGGAAUCCAAUCACGAGGACAACUGGUGCUACGGUUGGUAUUGAGUGCCACUAUCCAAGGCUACAUAAUGUAAGCAGCAAUGCCCUCUUGCCUGCCUGGAUACCUUAUGCUUCUACUGUGACUGCCGAGGAACGUCUGGUCUUCUCUCUCAGGCUCAUGACUGAUGACUGGCAGUAUGAGAGGCCAUCCAACCAGUAUUUCCUGGGUGACUUGAUAAAUAUUGAAGCAUCUGUGAUGCAGUACAACCACGUGCCUCUAAGGAUUUUUGUGGACAGCUGUGUGGCUACUGCAACGCCUGAUACAAAUGCUGCUCCUAGAUACUCGUUUAUUGAGAAUUAUGGGUGCCUGGUAGAUGCUAAGCUUACAGGCUCCACGUCUCACUUUUUGCCUCGAGUUCAGGCGGAUAAGCUCCAGUUUCAGCUGGAAGCCUUUUUAUUUCAGCAGCAGAGCAAUGACUGGAUGUACCUCACAUGCUUCUUGAAGGCUACACUCGCUUCUGCUCCCACUGAUGCCAUGUACAAGGCUUGCUCCUUCACUGCUAACAGGUGGACUACAGCAGAUGACGAUGACCGGGUCUGUGGCUGUUGUGACACAAGCUGUGGCUUUAGGGCUGAAGCAAGUGCAUCUCCUGUGGCAGGUCCACAGUGGGAAGGGAACCUGUCUGUUGGCCCUGUUCAGAUUGGAGAAAAAUCCCCUGUUUGGCGGCGAGGAGGUCAAAAUUAGACUAUGAACAAAAUAAAAUUGGUGUGCCACCAUA